UAUUUGAUGCUACAGUGGAAAGUGGAAAGAUUGUAAUAUUAUAACAUCUCGCAAAAUUUGAAGAGAAAAAAAUUUGACCGGAAGCAGACGACAAUUAUAGCAGACGACAGUUAUAGCAGACGACAAAGAAUUUUUCCCCUAACGCGCAUGAAAUGGUUAACUAAGACGGACAGAAUAUGUGAUUAUAGAAAAUUAAAGAAUAUUUCAUCAAGAAAUAAAAUAAAAAUUAGAAUUAAUUUACGCAAGAAAAAAUCAAGAUUUAUUGCGACCGGUCCUUCGUUUAUAGGAAAAAUAACAACAACAACAAAAACUGUUUGAUCUUUUACGGUGAUAUGCAUUUAGAGUAAUGAGUGGCCAUCUUUUAUUGGGGUCACAUAGUCAGUCUGUCAUAGUUUUAUACCGACUAAUUAUACAUGUGAACAUCAUACCAAAGGUAUGUUCACGGAAUACAUAAAUACACAUACAUCAAUCCUGUAUGAACAACAAUAAUAUAGUGUUUUGAUGUUAUAUUUGAGUUAUGACAAUUAUAUUUUAAAGUGUAUUUAUAGUUAUUCGUACAGCAUGGAAUAAUAAAAAGAUUGUGUCUCAAAGUAUAGUGCACGCGCUUUUUUUGUAUUUGAUUAAGAAUAUAUAUGUCAAAAGAAAUAAGGAGAAAAGAAGAACGCUGAAAUCGUUAAACAGAAAAAAGGAUAUAUUAAAAUCUAAAAUUUAAAAGUUCUGAAACAGAGAAGACGCUGAAAGAAAAUGUUCAGCCAUUUUUGUCAAUGAAUGAUCACUAGAAUUUGAAAAAAAAACUUUUGUUCUAUAAUAAUUAUAAACAGGAAAUGCCUAGAAUUAAUAACAUUGUACGCAUGUAUGUGUUAGAAAAUUGAAUAAACGCCAUAAUUAAAUACAUAAUUACUACACCGAGUAAAAGGCUUUCUAUGACAAACGCAUGACAUUUCUGUUAAUGUGCCAUGAAAUGGACUUCUAGUACAGCUGACAUUUUAAACAACUUUAAACACAGACAUUUCUACUAACAGAAAUAACAUAACAAAAAUAUACAAAUUUUCCUCAGAAAAUAGCCAUGAUGAAAUCGGAUUCUAUUCAAACACAUGUAUUGUGUACGCGUGUUAAAUAUAUAUGUGCUAGUGUUUUAUUCUUCCUGCUUUGUUUGGACGGGGUGUUGACGUUUAACGUGGAUACCAAAAAUGUUAAAGUUUUCCAAGGACCUGCUGGAAUAUAUUUUGGAUAUUCGUUAGCUAUGCUGCGUAAUGUACAGGGCAACUGGCUACUUGUUGGAGCACCAAGAGCAAAUGAUCCACUCCAGCCAGGAAUUACCAGUCCUGGUGUUCUCCUCAGAUGUCCGCUAGAUGGCGACAGUGUCAGAUGUGACGAAGUUGUUGUGGAUACUUCAGGAAAUGUAAGAGUAGCAGGGACAUUUUAUGGCGUAACCAAAGUGUUUGACCACGACAAAAAUAACCAGUGGCUGGGCGUGUCAGUAGAUGUAUCCCCAAAUAAUGACAGAGUUGCCGUAUGUGCGCAUAGAUGGAAAGAUUCAAAGUUUGUUCUGCCAAAUGACUUACUGUACAUGCAAGGAUUGUGUUACGAAUUAGACGCUGGAUUUCAACUUCCGGCAAGACUACUUCCGGUUUUAGUUGAUUACAACAGUCUCGUGCAUCGGCAGGAACGCUAUCCAAUCUGGGCUUACGGGGCACUUGGACAGUCUGUUGAAUAUACCAAGAAUGGCGAUGCUCUGCUGAUGGGAGCUCCAGGGUUAAAUGACUGGCAGGGAGGAUUUGUUAUAGAAGAUAAUAUGCGAAGGAAUUUUACAGUGCAACCUUUAUCUGAUGACCGUAGAAACUGGCUCAUAGGUUACACUGUGACGUCAGCCCGCUUGAUAAGAACAAAUGCCAAUUACAUCAUAGCUGGUGCGCCAAGAGCCAACCUCAACGGAUCUGUUUUUGUGUUUGAGUACAAGAGUGAUCAGAUCUUGAACGAACCACUGAUUGGCGAUCAGUUAGGGAGUUAUUUUGGAUCAGUAUUAUGUGCAGCUGACGUCAACAAUGACCAGUUAGAUGACGUCAUUGUCGGUGCGCCGUUCUACUCGACCAACAAUACAGAAGAAGGCAGAGUUUAUGUUUACAUAAAUCGGGGAAUGUUAAAACUAGAGUUACAAGAAGAUAGGAUAAAUGGAUCAACAUUGAACCAGGCCAGGUUUGGUAGUGCAAUAGCAAAUAUUGGUGAUAUUAAUAAAGACGGUUAUAAUGACAUAGCCAUUGGCGCCCCAUACGAGGCUGACGGCGUCGGUGCAGUGUAUAUAUAUAAUGGAUACAGCGGGGGUCUAUGGCCUAGAUAUACGCAAAGAAUUCUGGGUACAACUAUAUCGCCGGGAAUUAAGUCGUUUGGAGCGGCAUUGACCCCUAGAUCGGUCGACGAAGGUGAAGUCUUUGCUGUUGGCGCCUAUGAGACGGACAAUGUUGCCAUUUUGAGGGUUAAUCCAGUCGUAUCCAUGGAAACAAUAAUGUAUGUUAGACCAACAAUUAUAACAGCCUCUAUGCCAUAUUUGGAUUUGAGCACUUGCUUUAAAUAUACAGGCAAUGCAGCAAAUUUGCAAUCAACUUUAGAUAUUACAUACACAAUGUUAGCAGAUACGACAACUCCCGCAGGGUCUGUGAGGGCAAUAUUUGAGCCAAACAAAGUGCCAUACAUUACAAGAGAUCUACAGAUAACGAAAGAUGAAUUUGUUUGUGACAAUAAUGUUAGAAUCUAUGCUCCGUAUCAGGAUAUUUGGCGUGAUGUAGACGUUGAGGUCAGAUAUGGGCUUGACCCUGCCACAGCGAGGCAAUGUGUUCGCAACUGUCCAAUCUUGGAGAGGUUUAAUGGGAAAGACCCUGAAAGGAGUGCGCAGGAUGUGUUUAGAAAAGUGAUACAAUAUGACAAGCAAUGUGGCGAGGAUAACAAGUGUGACACUGGGCUACAGUUGAAAGUACUUCCACUCACGGAGAGUGGGUAUAUCGUCACUGGGCGUGACCAGAGCGUCGACGUAAAAGUUGGCCUCUUAAACAACGGGGAGAAUGCGUACAAUAUAAUAAUGGACGUGGUGAUGUUAGGCAACUUCUCCUCCACUAUCAGAACAAAAGACACAUUUGGGGAGACAAUUGUUGACUGCGCACUGCUACAGUACGACAACAGCGAUCCUGCAUUAGAAGUUGCCACGCAUCGUUGCCGUGUCCGUAAACCGUAUCCCCUAACAACCAUGGAGGAAGUGACCUUCACCUUGGAGAUUCCAUUAGACAGCAAGGCUAAAAUGGCCGAAUUUGAGGCCAAUUUCACUGUACGAACUGAAGAACAAGAUAAUCACCAGGCCUCCCAGGCUCUGAAACUACCUGUGAAAUCCGAAUAUGGUCUUCGGAUAGAGGGAAUUUCCGGACCGGAACAAGUCACACUGAGUGUACAGCAAACGUCUGAGGAAUUCACGCCAGUAGAACAUAGAUACUCCAUCAAGAACUUUGGACCGAGCCCGCUAGAAAAUGCCGAGAUCCAUGCCUUCGUUCCUGCUAUCAUACAUAGAAAAGAUCCACUAGUCACUAAUAUUUCCGUCUGGCUGACAACAUACGAGACAAAUCAACCAUCUAAACAGCGAUGCUACGAAGAUAACGGAGGUGGUAACAUUCCUAAUACAGAAUCAUCCGGGGGAUAUGCUAUCAGUGUGGACUGCUCAUCUUUUCCAUGCCGCCGAUUUUCUUGUAACCUGCUUUCAUUCAAAAAAGACGAAUCUAUCCUAGUUUCUGUUAAUGUUUCCGUCAGCCGACAAAUUCUUUCCCGGUUGCAGGCAAAAGAUACAGUGAGACUCGCAUCACGAAUUUCAAUACCGGAUGUUAAUUUUGGAAAGUCUCUCGACAAGGAGGUUGAGACAAUGUUUCACAAGACAACCAACGCAAUGGAGAGAAAGAGGGUCUCUAUCCCGAUAUGGUUGAUUAUAGUAUCCGUCGUGUCGGCAUUCCUGGUGCUGCUGGUAAUCGUGGCUAUUCUGAUAAAGGUCGGAUUUUUCAAACGAUCGAAGAAAGAAGAAAUGAAGCGGCUAAUGCGUCGAAAUUCUUCGCCGUUCUCGGAUACAAACACGUCAAAUGACACGUCAGCACGAGUUAACGGAACCUCCGACAGCUCGCGUAUCAUGAGCUCGAUAGAGGACAACGAUUUGUCCCGGGCAGACGAGGCACACAUUAAUCCGGCCACAGAUCCGGACAAUAUUGAUCAACUUGACGGCAUGCCUUCUAAGGAGAAGCACUCCAACUUUUUAAAUGAACUACAAAGUGCUUCAAAUCGGCCAUUCUAUAAAACAGACUCGAGUUUGGACUCUGGCUACAAAUCAUAAGACGAUUUGAAAUCAUUGAAAGAACUUACUGAAUAUUAUCCGUUAAGAAAUGCAUGCUUUAGUUUCAAGUAUUGUGUCGUGUGAACAGACUUUUUAAUGGCACAUGACUUAAUGUAAUUCAAACGUAUAACUUAUUUUUAAAACAAAAUUAAUCCUUAAAUGAAGCCUAUAUGAAAUAUAUACAUGCAAAUAAAGUUUUGAAUGCCUACUAAUCUAUUAUUAGUAAACAAUGAGCUAUAAUCAAAUAGUAACACUCUAUAUACAAAUACUCCUAUAUGUAACGGUGUCGUGGAGAGAGAAAUUUCCAAAGUAAUAUUCAAGUUACAAGAAGGGGUAAGUCACGUAGUGAUUGGACAAUACAAUAUUUU